CUGCCGUUGCCCUCGCCGCUCGGCUGCCCCCUCUUCACUUCUUCAGUUCCCACCGCAGCCGGCUCGCAAGAGCACCCCGCGGCGGUGGAGAGGUAAAUCUCCUCCGGGCGCCAGCGGCGGCGGAUCAGUCGAGUCAUAGGGUAUUGGAGAAGAAAUGGGAAGCAGAGAAAGGCGAGUGGUGUUUGUCACCGUAGGAACUACAUGCUUCGAUGCUCUUGUCAAGGCAGUAGAUUCCGAGGAAGUGAAAGAAGCCUUACUGCGUAAGGGUUACACCGAUCUCCUGAUUCAAAUGGGCCGAGGCACAUACAUGCCAUCUAAGGACUCAGGAAAUUCAACUCUUCAAGUUGAUUAUUUCACCUUUUCACCAAGCAUUGCUGACUACAUAAGAGAAGCAUCCUUAGUCAUCAGUCAUGCAGGAUCCGGAAGCAUAUUUGAGACCCUACGACUGGGAAAACCUCUAAUUGUUGUUGUGAAUGAAGAUCUUAUGGAUAAUCACCAGAGCGAGUUAGCGGAAGAACUUGCCGACAGGAAGCACCUUUUCUGUGCCCGUCCACAAACACUGCAAGAGACUGUUGAGUCAAUGGACCUGAAUAAUCUCCUGCCUUACAUGCCAGGAGAUGCCAAUCAAGUUGUUUCACUGAUCAACAAAUUUCUUGGUUUUCCAGUCGACUGAUUGUCUCCAUCAUUGCUUACUCAUCAUGAAAAUAGAGGGAUCUUGUGCGCUAGUGAUUUAGUCAGAAAGUGCUGGGAGAAUGUCAGCUCUAAGCUAAGAGCAUUGGACUGCGCACUGCUUUCAUUUGAUCAUGAUAAGCUGAAAUGAACUGGCCAAAGAGCCAUGCUGAUAUGAAAUGGCCAGUAUGGUGGAUGGAUCAACUGACCCUAACCCAGGGUACGGUGUGAUCUGUUCUUUUGGUUCUACAAUCCUGGCUCCUGGGAGCAAUUGAUGUAGCUUGGUGGAAUCAGCAACCUUACCUAUUGUUUCUAUUUUGAUAUCCUUCAUCUAACUACUUACCAUCUCUCAGUACAAGGGAAAUGUUUCCCAAAUUGCAUGAAAUGUGCUUCCCCUUUUCUUUGGUAUUGGAGGGUGCAUAGGUAGCUGCUCUCCACAGGAUUGGGAUCCACUUGAAGGCAUGGUUUCAGUUGCGAUAUAUGAACUCAGUGCUGCAUCGGAGAGUUGGUGAAAGCAAACCCAUACGGGCCCUUUGAUUGGUAUUUGCUACAUUCCAGAAUGUAACUGAUGUGAGGAUCCAUGUCAUUAAACAUAAGCAUUGUGGUUUUGACCUUGAUUGAGGGAAGCCCCGUUUAGCAAUCUUGCUGGGAUCAAUAUGCCAUAUGCUACCAUUAUUUCACUCCUUUUUGGACUCCCUGAAAGCCAUCUUGGUGAUGAUGUGUGUUGUACUCCUGCACUACCAUUGAUUUCCAUAUUUCAGCUUUGUUUUAGGGGACAAACUAUUAGUAGUGGAUGUUUGAGGGAAACUCACUUUACUCCAUUGAUGAAGCAUGCAUGAGACCCACUUGACCUCUUAA